AUGCGAAUCCCUUUGCGACCAAAAGCACCAUAUGAGUCAAGACAGCAGGCCGUUGAUCUGACAAAACGACUUGUACUUUGGCACAUGGUGGGCUGUAUAGCAAUGGUGACGCUGAGUUUCCUUUGUGAGCGUUUGAUUUUCACCAGCUCCUUGUUAUGCCCCUGGGGUCUGACAACCUCAAGCAACUUGGACGGUCACCUACGAGGUGGCAAGCCGUGCUUCACAUUAACUUGCCGCUCCACCGCCUGCAAGCUUGUCGACCCUGCUUGCCCAUCUUGGGACGACAUCAAGGAGUUCCAGCGCCGCAUCAACAAGCGCGAUGAGGAGGACUACUUUGCCGAGAUGGAUGGCAAGUAA